AUGAGCCUGGAGCCCCCCAAGCUGGAGGUCAAAUCGGCCACCAGGGUGACCGGGGGUCCUGCCACCCCCCGCAAGGGACCCCCCAAGUUCAAGCAGAGGCAGACGAGGCAGUUCAAGAGCAAACCCCCCAAAAAGGGGGUGCAGGGGUUCGGUGACGACAUCCCAGGCAUGGAGGGGUUGGGAACAGACAUCACUGUCAUCUGUCCCUGGGAAGCCUUCAGCCACCUGGAGCUGCACGAGCUGGCUCAGUAUGGAAUCAUUUAGGAUUUGGGCAGGCUCACCAGCCCCGUAGUGCUGUGUAGGUCAAGGCCCCCCUACCUGUGCUGGGGGGGCUUAGCUUGGAAA